AUCUCCAUAUCACCAUCAUCAUAUAUACCAUCACCCCGAUCAUGUCAUCUGCUUCUAGCUAGUAACGUGCAAAUCAACCAAAACCCCAAGAGCUAGGCCAGGGUCGAUCGAGCUCUAUAUAAUCCCCCGCUGUGCUCAGCUAAAGAUUAAAGCACCAACAAAGCUCUUCUUCCCAAUUCCCAAACCACUGCACGUGUGCUAGACUCGACCGAUCACUGCCGUCCAUGGCGGCCGCGGCGCCGGGCAAGCAGCACCGUUUCUUCCUCGCGCUCUUCGGCUUAAUGAUAACCCUGCUCUUCGCGCCGGUCGCCGUCUCCGGCGAGGGGUUCAUCACGUGGGAGGACCUGGCCAUCCCUGCCAUGUCCGCGGCGGGGGGGGCCCGCCGCGGCUUGCCGGCCGGAGCGCACUGGCCGGGCAGUACGGCGGCGGCGGCGGGGCCGGAGACGGAGACGACGAUCGUGGUGUCGCAGGACGGGACGGGGCACUCGAGGACGGUGCAGGGCGCCGUGGACAUGGUGCCCGCCGGCAACGCCCGGCGCGUCAAGAUCCUCAUCAGGCCCGGCGUCUACAGGGAGAAGGUGACGGUGCCGAUCACGAAGCCGUUCGUGUCGCUGAUCGGCAUGGGGACGGGGCGCACGGUGAUCACUUGGAACUCCCGGGCGUCCGACAUGGACACGACGGGCCACCAGGUCGGCACCUUCUACUCCGCCUCCGUCGCCGUCGAAGCUGACUACUUCUGCGCCAGCCACCUCACCUUCGAGAACUCGGCACCGGCGGCGCCGCCGGGGGCGGUGGGGCAGCAGGCGGUGGCGCUGCGGCUGUCGGGAGACAAGACGAUGCUGUACAGGUGCAGGAUACUGGGGGCGCAGGACACGCUCUUCGACAACAUCGGCAGGCACUACCUCUACGACUGCGACAUCCAGGGCUCCAUCGACUUCAUCUUCGGGAACGCCAGGUCCCUCUACCAGGGUUGCAGGCUGCACGCGGUGGCGACGAGCUACGGCGCGAUCGCUGCGUCGCAGCGGAGCUCGGCGACGGAGGAGUCCGGGUUCUCGUUCGUGGGUUGCCGGCUGACGGGUUCCGGCAUGCUCUACCUUGGCCGCGCCUGGGGCAAGUACGCCCGCGUCGUCUACUCCUUGUGCGACCUCAGCGGCAUCGUCGUGCCCCAGGGAUGGAGCGACUGGGGCGACCGCGCACGCACCAAGACGGUGCUGUUCGGGGAGUACAACUGCAAGGGGCCCGGGGCGAGCUCACGGGAGAGGGUGCCGUGGUCAAGGGCGCUCACCUACCAGGAGGCCCUCCCUUUCCUCGGGAGAGACUUCAUCAAUGGCGAACAGUGGCUCAGGCUGUAGAAACAUAGAUGUAAAGCCCAUGGAAAAUUCCUUCAGAUUGCUAUUCUAUUAAUCUCCUGCAGAUAAUGUAAAACAUAGUGGCGGCGGCGAUGAGCUGACAUGUAAUUAACAAACUUGGCAUAGCAUGUGGGAAAUGAGAUUUGUUGUUGGGCGUGUCAAUCAUAGCAUCCCACCAGACGAGACUCUCCCCUCGAGAGUUUGCAUGGACCAAGGAAGGAACAUCAGGCCUAACAUAACGGAAAAUGAUGAGAUCAUGGGCAUGGAUGGAUGGGGUUGGCAACCGGUGCAUAAUUUGACUUCAGAGUUCAGGAUGCCAGAAAUAGGCUUUGCACAUUUUGGCAGGGAAAAAAAUCCACUCAUUCUGCUGCUCCUUCAGAAGAGAUAAAAGCAUGCGCAGCUGCAGUUCCAUAGGAGAAUGAAUCAUGCCGUGGAACCGCUGAAAUCAUUGCAGCUCUUGAAUGCAGGACAUCAAACAGCCACACUUCAAGCACAAGCAAAUUGGGACAAAGAAUGUUGCUUCUUCACAAACAGAUGGGUGAUCUGUGCUACUCCAGGAUUAAAUUGAGGCAAAGAUCGACCAGACUGCUAUACAAUAUGACUGCCAGGGGUAAUAUUUUGUCUGCAAUCCGCGUAACUGCUAACAGAUAUAUGAGAGAACUAGGAGAAAUACAGAAACUAGCAAAAAUACGCGUUUACUGAGACGUGAA